CUGUCAAGUCUUCAUCAACAUGAAAUUUUUAGUAGUUUUUGCAACUUUGUGCCUUUUGCAAGCAAUUGCUGGUCAGGAAAUCAAGGAGGGCCAUAAACUGGAUCAUCAUAAUCAUGGGCAUAUUGGCAUACAAGUUGAUGAACAUGCCGUUCAUAAUCAUGGAGAUGUAUCUGGUCAUAAGGGACAUGAAAUCGUACAACAACCCUCCCAAAUAACUGUUGAAAUCCCUGCACAAGUGCAACAAGUUGUCACUCAAGUUUCUCAACACAUACCCAUUGUAGUCGCACAACACGUUGCCAACCUAAAACGUAUGCAGCGCUCUCUCAAAAAUCAAAGUACUUGGCAACUCAAGCAAUUAAAAGCUGGGGAAGGAAACAAUAAAUGUAAUUUCAUCUGCAAUCCGUUAGAUGUAACCGUUUGCGGUUAUAAUGGACGCUGCUACAGAGAGUUUGAGAGCCAAUGUGAAUUGAGUGCCUAUAAUUGUUUGAAUACACAAAAAAUUUUCCAAGUGGUGGAUGAGUUUAAUUGCAUGGAAAUCAGUUUACCGAAAUGUUAUCCAGGGGAUAUGUAAAGAAGAAAAUGGCGAAAAAUAUAAAAAUGGUUUUGGAAAUUGAUCAAAUUCAAUAAAAGCUUUUAUAAACCACAUAA